GUAGCGCUCGCUGCACUGGCUGGGCUUGUUGUAAACCUCCGCAGCUCAUACCUUUCUUUCUUUCUCCCAAUACUCCGAUAAUAAUCUUAUCAGGAAAGAAAGAGCACCUCAUGCAGAGGAUCGACCUGGUGUGGUGUGCAGCACCGUCUUCGCAUGGGCAAAAUACGGAGGAUGGCCUCGAUGCUAUAUAUGUAGCCGGUAGGCUCACGGUACAGAGCACUGUACUGCGCCCGAAUCGCUCCUCACGAACGGGCGCGAGACAGCAGACGGCCUCGGUCGCUGGCGAUCCACGAUGGACGCCAACCAGGUUCUCUUCACGCAGCGCAAUUCGUACUACCUGCGCGCCUCGCCGUACACUGUCAUUCAGAUGGUGCUUUACCUGGAUACACGCCAUGUACAAUGGAUGAACGAGGAAGGGACGUAUGUCUUGCAGAAAGUUAUGGAGCUCUUGCGACCCAGAAUCAUGCCCAAAUUGCGCAACGAGGCUGCCACGCAGACGAGUCUGUCGAUGAUGUCCAAGAAGGCCAAAGUUGACGUGCUUUCCACUGAGGACUUCCGAAUGUGCUACUUUUUCCGGCGCAUGAACCAGCGACACGCCGUGCUGCUCAAGGAGCACGUCGUCAUCGACCCAAAGACAGGGCGGCAGAUCAGGCUCGACAGUGGGGAGCAGGGCGGGCAAGGUAUCGGAACGCCUCAAACAAAUGUUGAUGGGCAGGGUAACGGAAGUGUGGAGGGCGGUGUUCGUUCGCCUCCACCAAUCAGAGUCAAGGAUGAGCCAAUUGAAGACGAGAAUGAUCGCUUGCCAUUUGGACUCCCUGAUCCACCCGCUCCUCCAUAUGAAUGCGGUGUCUCCACCGCUGUGACCAUGGGUGACGAUGAAGAGCAAGACAUCAAGCCCGAGAUUCGAGUCAAGUACAACGGCUUUAGCAUCUUUGGCAAGAUGCUUAUCGUCGUCGUCGAGCCGUCCAACGCGUCCGUGGCGCGGCUGCCGUAUCUGUUCGAUAGCAGGGACGGGCUCGAGAGAGACCAUACGCGCCAGCUCAGCGAAACGCCGCAACCUGCCGGAGCUGCGGCGAGCCGCCGGAGGCAGAUGGACACGCCUGUUGCGAGCAGCAGACGCAGUGCCACGCCGCUCGGCCCGUCAUCCGCUGCUGGGCUGAGCAGCAAACGGCGACGCACAGGUACCGUCACAGAUGCGUCUGCGUCUCCCCGUCCGCUCUUCCGUGGUGCCAGUCCGACGCCGGAGGACGCAGGAGGACGAGCGAGUCGCAGCAGGACGCCGCUGGUCCAGCGCAGCUCGAGCGUGCUCUCGUUCGGCACACCUUCCUUCUCGUGCGCUCCUUCCGCCUCAGCCACCACUGCUGGUCUUGCAUCGCAACAGGCAUAUCGCCGCAUCUCGAGACUAUCUGGCGCACCUUGGAACGAUCGUGAGGGUACGCUGGACAUCCUUACAGACUCUGGUAUAUGCACAGCACCGCCGUUGCGAGAACAGAGCAUCGCGCUUUCGGAUAUCAGCUCAGACGAUGUUGUUAUGCGCCGCUUGACGAGUGUCGCACUGUCUGAUGCAGGGAAUCGCACACCCGCACCUACUGCUGCGGGAGGUGGCGGGAGGAGCGCAAGAGAAGGCACAGCCGCUUCAGCGGUUGUACAUGUUCAAGAAGGAAAUCAUCGAGACAGAAAUGAUGAGGAGGAAGAUGAAGAAGACUGGUGGCGCCAGAGCUUGCGCGAGGAGAGCGAGGCGUUCGGACUGGCUACGCAAAUGUUGCAGAGGGAAGAUGAUGCGACGCAAGGAGAUGCGAGAGGGAUCGGUGAUGAUGAUUAGCUUAUAGUGCACGCCCCGAUCGGGUCCUCUUCUUGCUUGUGGGGGUGUGUAUCGUCCGCAUCGCGAUACAUGCAUCUACGGUGAUGGUUCGCUCCAUGUGCUAAAUGCGGAAAGAGUACACACUUUUUGCCUUCCACGCCUCUAUUCAAAUCGCCAUUGGCGUUGGCAAACGCUAUAACACACAGCACUUGACCCGGCGUCAUCCAGCUUGAAGACGCCCAUCCUCGCCCGCCAUUCGAGCAUAAGGCGAUUUCAAUGAGUUGCAUGGGCUGAAAAGUCGCUUGUUGAUAUUUGAUGCAGCGGACGUUCACUGCUCCUUGAACCCAAGCUAAGGAAGAAUUACGCCUCUGCGUAGAUUACAGGGUGUUCAACAAGCAUACGUUUCCUGUCAGCUGUCCUAGCAUGCAAAUGGACGAU